GGAAUAUGAAUAAUAUUGUGUGAAUAGUUGUGUUCUUGUCUGUAUUUUAAGAGUCUUUAAUUUUCAUCUACGAUGUGUUUAAAUAAUAAACCUUUUAUUUGUACUCUUUGCUGUGAUUUUGUGAUGCAAUAUGUAUACAGAAGUGUUAUAGUUGAGGCCGCAGAGGAUUGGCUGCAUUGACUCUCUGUCACAUGACUCGAGGCGGCUGUAAACACAGGCUGUCAUGUGAUCGCAGCCGGAUAGGAAGCUUCAAUCACGGCGACCAUGUCUGAGCGGACGCCGCUGCUGCAUUACCGGCUCUCCGCCAGCGUCAACGAGUCCGGCGACCACCGGGAGACUCGGACCGGGAAAGAUGAGGACGAGCACCGGAGCCCCGCGACCGUCCGACGGAGAUCCGCCGCUAAACAGCCGCCCAAACUCAACACGUUCUUCGGCGUGGUGAUUCCAACACUGCUGUCAAUGUUCAGUGUGGUGGUGUUCCUGCGGGUCGGUUUUGUUGUGGGUCAGUGUGGUCUGUAUCAGACUAUAGCGAUGCUGCUGGUGGCGUAUUUCAUCAUCAGUAUGACGGUUCUGUCGGUGUGUGCGAUCUCCACUAACGGAGCGCUGGAUGCCGGAGGAGCAUAUUACAUGAUCAGUCGUGCUCUCGGCCCAGAGUUCGGCGGAAGCAUCGGCAUCAUGUUCUUCCUGGCGAACGUGUGCGGCAGCGCCCUCUACGUGCUGGGACUGGUGGAGGCGGUUCUCACAACCUUUGGGAUUCCUGAAGACGGCUCGACGCUGACUGGCUCUAAGGUCGCGGGUCUGCCGAUGGGUUACUGGUGGUCUCUGCUGUACGGGACGGUGAUUCUGCUGCUUUGUGUGUUCGUGUGUCUGAUUGGGGCUCAUAUCUACGCUAAAGCCACCUUCCUCAUCUUCAUCAUCGUCAUUGUGGUUUUGGUGACCAUCUUCAUCAGUUUCUUCAUCGUGCCGUUUCGAACCGUCCUGCUGCCCGGCCAUAGAAACUCCUCGCUUACCCCGACGAGCGCCAACUUCACCGGCUUCAAGUUAGACACGCUGUUGGGAAAUGUGCAAGCUGCCUACACAGUGGACUACACCACCGGAACCAUGAUGUCUUUUGCCACUGUUUUUGCGGUGAUGUUUAACGGCUGCACUGGAAUCAUGGCUGGAUCCAACAUGUCUGGUGAUCUGAAGAACCCGAGCUACUCCAUUCCUCGUGGAACCAUCACAGCUGUCAUCUUCACCUUUAUCAUCUACAUCCUACUGAGUUUGCUGAUCUCCUGCACCUGUGACCGGAUCCUCCUGCAGCAGGAUUACGGUUUCCUCACAGACAUCAACGUGUGGCAUCCGUUCGUGACGAUCGGCGUUUAUUCCUCCACGCUCUCGGCUGCCAUGAGUAACCUGAUCGGAGCGUCCAGAAUCCUCUACGCUCUGGCCCGGGACGACCUGUUCGGACGUUUUCUGUCUCCAGCCAAACACACGUCUGCCAGCGGGAACCCCUGGGUGUCUGUCCUGAUCUCCUGGUUCCUCGUGCAGCUGGUGUUGUUCUCCGGAAAGCUGAACACUAUUGCGAGUAUCGUCACCAUCUUCUUCCUGCUGGUUUACGCCGCUGUGGAUCUGGCCUGUCUGGCGCUGGAGUGGGCGUCCGCACCGAACUUCAGGCCGACGUUCAGGUAUUUCACGUGGCACACGUGUGUUCUGGGAAUCAUCGGCUGUGCCAUCAUGAUGUUCCUGAUCAACGCCAUCUACGCGUCGGCCAGCAUCGCCUUCAUGCUGCUGCUGCUGCUGCUCAUCCAUUACCUGAGUCCCGUCAGCAGCUGGGGCUGCAUCAGCCAGGCGCUCAUCUUCCACCAGGUGCGUAAAUACCUGCUGAUGCUGGACGUCCGUAAGGAUCACGUCAAGUUCUGGAGGCCUCAGGUGCUGCUGAUGGUGUCCAACCCCAGGUGCAGCGUGGGAUUGAUCACGUUCGUCAACGACAUCAAGAAGAGCGGCCUCUACGUGCUGGGACACGUGCAGCUCGGAGACCUGGACGUUCUCCCGUCGGAUCCGCUGCAGUCUCAGUAUGACUCCUGGUUGUCUCUGGUGGAUCAUUUGAAUAUUAAAGCGUUUGUUAAUCUCACGCUGGCCGACUCUAUCAGACAUGGAGUUCAACACCUGCUGUUCAUAUCGGGACUCGGUGGUAUGAGACCCAAUACUCUGGUUUUGGGUUUCUAUGACGACAUCCCGCCUCAAGACCAACUUCAGGACUCCACCCUGUCCAUGUGCAAAUUCUCCGACAACAACUCUCAAACCGACGACCCCGAAGACCAAAGUGACCCGCCCUUCCAUUUCCCGCCAGUCCGAGAGGGCGUGUCCGUGGGCAGGGGCGGGAAAUCUCUAGGCCCUCAGGAGUACGUGUGCAUCAUCGCAGACGCGGUAAAGAUGCUGAAGAACGUAGCGUUGGCGCGAUAUUUCGGUCAGUUCGAUCGUACGAACGCGCUCCAGGGGCCCGUAUUCGUCGACGUGUGGCCGGUGAAUCUCCUGCGUCCGGACAGCGCCGCGUAUGUCGACACGUGCUCGCUCUUUUUGCUUCAACUCGCGUGUAUUCUCAACAUGACGAAGGCGUGGCAGAAAGCAAAGCUCCGCCUCUUUUUAUGCGUGGAGGAGGGGCGAAGCCUUAAAGGUACGGAGCAGAAACUCAAACAUCUUUUGAAAGAUCUCCGAAUGAAGGCGGAAAUCUGCACGGUGCCCUGGGAUGCGCAAGUCACGCUUCAUUGGCAGCGCCAGGCACGAUCGGAAAAAAUCGAAGAGCUGGAAAGUGAAGAGGGCGAAGUCGAAGCCGAUAAAGUGUUCGCGAACAGCUUCCCUAGCAACACCACGCGAGUGUCGGACGAGUAUUUGCAAGCGGUUAACAAACUCAUCCUAGACCAGGAGCUCCGCCCACCCGCCGUCCGCUUCCUGUAUUUGCCCCGCCCCCCGGCCGACACCAGCCGUUACCACGACUACCUGCAUCAGCUAGAGCUGCUCACGCGUAACCUGGGUCCGACGCUCCUGAUUCACGGGGUCACGCCGGUCAUCACCACUGACCUUUGACCUUUGACCUUUGGUCACCUCAUAUACGAGAAGCAGAAUUUAAACAAAAGAGAUACAAAACAGGUUUGGUUUAUUGUUUUUCACCUUUUUGAGCACUUCAGAUGUUUACUUUGGAAACGAGAGAACAUUUACACAACGUUACGGAUCACGAGAAAAGCCCAUUCCACUCACUCCAUUCCGGUUCUUCCGUCUCUCCUUGUUCUAUUCUCUUCUCGGAUUGUAACAAUGUAACAAAUGGAAUUCUUAGAAUUCUAGAAUGUUGUGGUUUGACGUUCCGGUGCUGAACAUUUUUCCUUACGACAAAGACUGGAAUGUUUUACCAUGUUUUUAGCCACUCCAGAAGUAUUUUGCAUUUCCACAACAAAGGAACAAAGAUUUCUGAGUGUGUUUGUUUACGUAAUGCAAUAAUGAUAAUAAUAAUGAUGAUUGUUUUUUGUUUUUUUUUAUGGCCAAGAUGGAUCUCUUGCCUUUAGCGGUACCACUGAGUUUUACAGUUUUAUUGACACCAAACCAAAGUGCUUUGUGUUUGCGUCGUGUGCGUGUGUGUUUGGGCUCCACAUGUGCCUUGUGUUACAAAAAUGAACAAAAAAACGCAUACAAACACACGACUAACAAACAGUACGACAGUAUACCUCCAAAUGCGUGUACGAAUCACACUCCAUUCUGUGUUUGUAUUGUUUUUAAUAUGCAAUCAUUUUAAGCACUGUAAACUUUAAGUAUGUAAAAAAAUGAAAUUGUUUAAUAAUUGAAUACAAAUAAAUAAUAUUUGCUUA